UGGCCUCACAGAAGGAGUUGUGGUGAGCUGUGGGCCACCCUGGCCUCAGCCAGAUUGCCUGGCCAAACGCUGGAGAAGCGAUGCCCUGGACUGUCCUGCUCUUUGUGGCCGGCUCCAUGGCAAUACCAGCGCCAUCCAUCCUGCUGGUGCCCCCACACCCCAGCAGUCAAGAGGACCCCAUCUACAUUGAAUGCAUGGCACCCAGGGGCUUCCCAGGGGCCAAUUUCACCCUGUACCAAGGGAACCAUGCUGUCCAGCUCCUGCAGGCCCCUGCAGACCAGCUCAGGGUCACCUUCAACCUGAGUGGUGGUGACUGGGAGGCUGCAAGGGGAAUGUUUCACUGUCGGUACGGUGUGUUAGGCGAGCACAGGCAACUGCAGUUGUCAGACCUCAGUGAACCUGUGCACGUUUCCUUCCCAGUGCCCACUUGGAUCCUGGCACUCUCCUUGAGUCUGGCUGGAGCCCUCCUCCUUGCUGGGCUGGUGGCUGUUGCUGUGGUGAUCAGGAAAGUUAAAGUAAAAAAAAUGCAGAAGAAAAGAGAAAGAGAAUCCUGCUGGGCCCAGAUUAACUUCACCACCGCAGACAUGUCCUUUGAUAAUUCCUUGUUUGCGAUAUCAAUGAAAAUGACUUCAGAAGAAGACGAAGCCACCCGGGAUGAUUGCUCAGGUUCUGCUGCAACCUAUGAAAACUCUGGGCCCCGGAAGAGACCCACCUCCAUCUCAUCCUCACCUGAGCCCCCUGACUUCAGCACCUUCCGGGCCUGCCAGUGAGGCUUAGGAUUGGGGUCCCUCUCUCUGUCUACGCACUCUGCCCUCCAUUCAGCCCUCUCACUUGAGCUGGUGGGGCCAUGUGGGGCCCAAAGUCCCUCCAGCUACUUUGGGGAGGGG